GUGUUUGUGUUUAUGCUCCUCAGAACCGAGAAGUACCCUGGUUUCGGUUUUGCCGUUUUGGCUCCACACUUCUACUUGCAAGAUUGUAAAGAGAGACUGGGUAAUCCAAGAGGAAGAGACCUCGCCAUGGUUCGAACUCUGGCCUUGUGCAGGGAUGCCAUCGCCCAUGCCAAUGAGAGCUUGGCGUCAGGAGAGCCCUGCAGGCUCUUGUUAUUUGAUACCCACCAUGGCGAUACUCCAAGGUUGUUGUUCAUCUACAAGAGAUGGAUUCCCUCCAUUUUUACCAUUGAAGAUUGAGUCUCUGGAUUUCGGGGAUGGAUCGGGAUCCUUCAUUCUGACAAGCAGCGGCAGUGCUCCGGGGAGUGGCUCCACAAGAAACAAAAAGCGAUUUGCAAAAUUCUCCACGGCUCUACAGUAUUUAGUGUUGCAGGAGAUUACCGAAGAAACCGAACAGUAAUCUCUUUCUUACUUCCAACUUCCAACUGUCUUAGUUAGUCAUCACAGACACAAAACAUCUAUUAUGAAUCCUGAUUCUGUAUUAAGAUAUAACAUCUAAGAAAUCUGGGAAAAUUGAUUGCAACUUUUCCCACAAUCCAGCAGCACCAAGCCCAAACCCCAUGGUCCCCAUCACAAAGACAGAGCCCCACUCUUGCCAUUGCCACCCUCUCUCCAUUAAUGGGAAAAUUUCAACAUAAUGGCAUUAUUCAUAACAGCGAUGAUCCAACGAGAAGGUUUUUCUAUUUCUUUUCUUUUUCAGUAUAAUAUGUCCAUAAUAAGAUCCUUAUCACCGCUUUUGUAUAAUGACGAUGAUAGAAGAAUAGAACUAUAGAAAGGCUUUGGGCUUCUCCGAAAAUAUGUGGUGAAGAACCGAGGAUUAAAAAGGAGGGAACGAAUAAAGAACACCAACAUUUUUUUGGGGUUCAACACCAAAACAAGUUGCCACGUGUACAGUUAUUUUUGUUGGAGGAAUUAGUACUGAGAAUCCAAAUAUAUUAGGUGGUUUUCCUCUGUUAAUUACUAUGCUCUGCAAAGUUUCUUAAGUUGGAAAUUAUUUGUGAAAAACUGAAACUUCAUGUUUUUUCAUUAAAAUGUCUUCUUCAGUACAUAAUCCAUAAUUUUCAUGUUAUUUUUUUAUUGGUCGUGGAGCUUGGGAUCUGAAGAGGUGGAUGAGUCCAAGAUGAUUCCAAUACUAAACAGCUGCCACUUAUAAAUCCUUGAUUGAUUUUUGAAAACUGCAUCUAGUAGCAUUACAAUUAAGCGGCUUCUUCUUCUUAGAAC